AUGAGUGAGACAAGAAACAAUAAAAGAGCUCGUUACGACGAGGACGUGAAUGGAGACGAUGUCGGCUUGAGUUCCGCGGCCGAAGGCUUCUUUGAAGCCCUAUCCGAGGCUGGAGUCACGCAUUGCUUCGUCAAUUUGGGGAGCGAUCACCCUGCCAUGCUGGAGGCCAUGAUUAAAGCGAAACAAGAAAACUCAACCACCUUUCCCAAUAUCAUCACCUGCCCUUCGGAACUGGUCGCCCUCUCCGCCGCCCUGGGCUAUGCUCAGGUCACCGGAAUUCCUCAAUGCGUGCUUGUCCAUGUCGACUGUGGUACCCUAGCAUUGGGUCAAUCUAUCCAUAAUGCAUCGGUCGGCCGAGUGCCGGUUCUGUGCUUUGCAGGUCUCAGUCCGUACACCCAAAGAGGUGAACUGAUGGGCUCAAGAACAGAGUUUAUCCAUUGGUUGCAAGAUGUGCCUGACCAGGCAGCAAUUCUCCGUCAAUAUUGCCGGUAUUCCGCGGAAAUCAAGACAGGGCGCAACAUCAAGGAGAUGGUGAACAGAGCCUUGCAAUUCUCUCUGUCUGACCCCAAAGGUCCAACGUAUCUUAUGGCUGCUCGAGAAGUGUUAGAAGAAAAAGUGGACCGGAAGUUCCUCGAGGAAGAGACCUUGACGCCCGUUCUGCCUAGUGCCCUUCCUGUGUCAGAGGUUGAAUUGAUUGCGACGACUCUUAUGAGCGCAAAGCGACCCCUUGUUAUCACGGGCUAUCUAGGCCGAAACCGCAACGCACCCCCUCUGUUAGCAGAACUCUGCGACAAGCUACCAAUCGGUGUUGUUGAGAUGGUUGGGUCCGACCUUUGCAUCAGAAGCGACCAUGAAGCCUAUCUGGGCGUGACCGUUACUACGCAUCCAGCAGUUCUUGAGGCCGAUGUCAUCCUCAUCCUGGACUGUGAUGUGCCAUGGAUUCCUACCGCGGGCAAGCCCCAAAAAGGAACCAAGAUCUUCCACCUUGAUGUUGAUCCGCUCAAGCAGCAAAUGCCUUUGUUCUCUAUCAACGCCAUACGCAGAAUUAAAGUCAGCUGCGAACUUGCACUUAAGCAGCUCAACACUUUCUUGGACCAACAGAACCUGAACAGAGCAGACUAUGCGGCCGAGUUCGAGGCUCGCUCAACGCGUUACGCAAAAUGGCGGGAGGAGCUUCGCAGCUUGCAGUCCCCGCCAGAAGAUGGUGUGAUUAGCGUCCCAUAUCUUACAUCUCGUCUACGACAGCACGUUCCCCAGGAUACAACCUUUGUUAUGGAGGCUGUUACUAAUGCUGGAUUAUUGAUUCAUCACCUUAACUUAGUGAAUCCGGGAAGCCUCGUUGGUAGCGGCGCUGGUGGCCUUGGUUGGGGUGGCGGUGCCACCCUGGGAGUAAAACUGGCCCAGCCGAGUUCGUUCGUCUGCGGAAUAGUUGGAGACGGAGUAUACCUCUUCUCGCAGAUGGAGAGUGUUUAUUGGAUCGCCAGACGCUAUAACGUCCCAUUCCUGAUGAUCGUCUUGAACAACGGGGGCUGGAACGCACCUAAGGUGUCGGCCCUUCUGGUUCAUAAAGAUGGACUAGCAUCGAAGUCCAACAGAAUGGAUCUCAAUAUCUCCUUCGAGCCCUCUCCUGACUAUCCAGGAAUUGCGGCUGCAGCAGGCAACGCUUGGGCCGCCACAGUGAAGGUGCAGAACGAUUUGGAUCAAGCUCUACAAGAGGGAACCAGAAUCGUCCAGGAAGGCAGAUGCGCUGUCAUUGAGGUUGCUGUUCCCUCGAUGUGGAAGGAGACGUGA